CGCUCAUGCCUAACCCCCCCAUAAAGUCAGCGUGAUGACAAGAGUGACGAAAGGCUGAGAAACAGGAAGAAAUUUAAGCGUUGGUCGCUGCUUCUUCUUUACUUCUGGAGUAAGCACUCUCUAACCCAUUUUUCUCCUCACGAACAUGUGCGACAGGAUGACUGACUGACAAAAAAAAAUUAACAAGCCGUUUGCGGGCAGUGCAAGCGUCUGUUACAGGACGGUAGAUACUGGUAUUUUAAAAUGUAUUAAUAGCGUGAGCUGCAUCACGCUAGCUAGCUAGCUACAGUAGCCAGAACUUGCCUGUUUAUUUAUUUUCAGGAAGGGAGGAAAGUACUACAUCAUUGUGUUUUCCCAACAACAUCAAGAUGAAACCGGCAGCGGAAGCAUCAACUCUGACCAAUAGCUCUGCUUCGUCAAGGGGAGAGCACCCUUGUGUUGUUUCUACUAGUGAAGGCGAAGGUGGUCGUCGACCAGCUGCGGAUCAGAUGGACUCGUUGGAAGCAGCUGCCUCGCCUUCUCUGCAUCACGAUGGAACUCCCAUAUCUCCCACGGCGAAAGCCUCCAGCUCUAGCUGUGGCACUCCCGCAUCAUACUCUGAGGAUACAUGUAAAGUGAGCACUCAAGGAGCAGCGGGCUCCGGUUUCCACAGCAAGCCUCAGAUACCUAGGUCUAGUAGUGCUGAAGAUGAGGAAAAAGGAAAGGACUAUGAAGGGUAUAUGAGAAAGUCUGAUGAGAAUCCUAAUGCACGUAGGACGGAUGCUACCGCUGGGAAAGACUUUGAGGGGUAUCUCCGAAUGGCUGGCGGUCCUAUGGGGGGCACAAACUGCUCAGAUACCGACAAUAAAGAUCUUGAAGGGUAUCUGAGACUGAUGGAAGCAAAGGCAGGUGGCUUGACAGCAGCUGAAGUGGGCCAGGGCUUUUUGGCCCAACGGGGAAUGGACCACGAUGAGGAAAAUCAGUCGCUGGGACAUAUGUUGCUUGAUCUCGAAGACGAUCAACAUCAAGCUCAGGACGAUAGAACUGUUGAACCGUCUCCGAGUCUAUGCACUACCACGACUUUUCGCACCACUGGGACGGGUAUCGGUAGUCUUCCCGGGGCCUUUGCUCACGGAGGCAGACGGGGCAGUACACCCGUACAACGUUUAUCCACCCAUUAUCGACCGACUAUUCCUUCUAUUUCUCUAUCUCCCCUUCCUUCCCUCGGUCUCCUUCAAUCGACCUCUCAUCCUCCUCGAAACGACGAUAACGCCGGUCUUGUCGAAGCUACACCUGUAUCCGAUAACGACGUGCCCAUUCAAGAUGCGGUCCGCCCUGAGGAAGAGCACCAGCAAUCAAGACAAGAACGUAAGCGGCGACGAAUGCAAGAAGACCGCAAUGCCUCUGUUGUCAAGAAAGCAUUGCUGUUGGUUCUCGUGCUUGUCUUGGCAGCUGCCUUGAGCGUCUUGAUUGCCUGGUGGGGUGGUGCAUUCGAAAAAGAGGUGCUCUUAACGAUGCCUCUGGACGAUGCCUCUUCCAGCAACACGACCCUGGAGCAGCAACCGCUGACCCCCCAAGACUACCUCAAACAGUAUCUGCCCGAAGAAACACUCCGUGAUUUGAAUGAUACCACGUCUCCCCAGUUUCAAGCAUUCCAAUGGCUCUAUGAGGAUCCUGCCUUGACCAACUACACGGAAGCUCGUUUACGACAACGAUUUGCGUUGGGCGCCUUCUUCCAUGCGACAGGAGGACCUACCGCUUGGAUUCAGCGGAACCAUUGGCUGUCAUACGAAGUGCACGAGUGCGAAUGGCACUUCGCAGAGCAGUUCAAGAUGUUUGGGCUCCUGGAAACUGCCAGAUCUCCCUGUGAGAGUCUCGAUGAGGAAAUAGGAGCAAGCGAUGAAGGAGACGAAUACGAGGAUGAUGAGUCCUACAAACUUCUCUGGCUACUUCGAAACAAUUUGACCGGAACACUACCCAAGGAGUUUUACUGGCUAACAUCCAUGGAGAGCAUUGACUUGGGAUUGAACAGUUUAAGCGGCACCGUUGAUUCGGAACGUGUCGCAAAGUUAAUGAAUCUGCGACACCUGUCCUUUGCAGCGAAUCAACUGACAGGGCCAAUCCCCACAGGAAUAGGCAUGCUUUCAAGCCUGGAGAUUCUCUAUUUUGGCUCUAACCUCAUGACGGGAACCAUUCCCGCCCUGCAGAUUGCAAAGCUUCGAAACACUCUUAAUCAGCUCACGCUCCACAGAAAUUUCUUCACUGGAAGUCUUCCAAAUGGACUCGGCGAGCUGAGUCAUCUGACAGUUCUGGGGCUCAACGAGCUGCAGGGCAUCCAUGGUACCAUUCCGACAGAGUACGGCAGGCUGUCGUCGCUGACAUAUGUAUAUGCCUUCGACACGAGUCUAUCGGGUACGCUGCCAUCUGAGAUGGGACUGUUGAGCAAUUUGGCAUGGCUCCACUUGAACGGGGGUUCUCUCACGGGGGAAGUUCCGUCGACUUUUGGUUUGCUUUCAACAAAGAUGAAGGAACUGGUACUGUGUGACAAUCAGCUUUCGUCGUCUUUGCCUACAGAGCUGGGUCUCUUGACCAACAUGUACUCCUUCCAGGCAGGGAGUAAUUCAUUGGCGGCACAAAUCCCAAGUGAACUUGGAGGUAUGACGGCCCUCCAGGGCAUUGGUCUGCAAGACAAUCUAUUGAUUGGAACUCUGCCAACCGAACUAGGCAAUUUGACAGGGCUACAAAACUUCAACGUGGCCAACAACGACAUUAGCGGAACGGUUCCCAGCGAGUUCUCAAUGCUUUCCUCCAUCUCGACUUUCAAUGUCUCAGGAAACGCCAAAUUACAUGGAACUAUCCCGGAUGAACUUUGUUACGCUCCUGGCAAGGAACGGCAUGCACGUUUGCUCCGUGCACCUGUGAGCAAUUUGCUCAAUUCGUCGUCGAUAGGCUUUGACUGCUCUGAAACUUUGUGCGGAUGUGGCUGUCAAUGCUCUGGUUAGUUGCUAUGAGGAAGAAACCUGCAAAAGCUCAAGUACACACAAUGCAUUACAUGUAAUCGCCUAGCUACAGUAUUUUAGAAUUGUGAGGCCAGCUGCUACCGAUGA